AUGCGACUGAUGGGCCACGCACCGCUGCCGCCUGACGUUGCGCCGCAUGUUCUGAUCAACAACAAUUCAUCUUCUACUGCGAUGAAGAACACUGGUGCUGUUGAAAGUAGUGUCAUCGCAUUUGGAGGACCACCAGCACAGGAAGGAUCACUCCCAGGAGCAGGAUUCAGCACGACUUCAGCAUCGACGACUAGAGUGAACGCUCUUACGAGCAGUCCGGCUGUUGGCGCGAAUUUCGCACCGUCCGCGUCGGCGCAACCAGGCGUUGCCCGCUCCAACAACCAAGAAUACUACCACCAGGCUGCGAUUUCUGCGUUCGAAAGGGGGUAUCAACAGGCAGCAGAGUAUGAAAUGAGAACACAGCAAAUCUAGCCGCGUAAUGAUACUAGUACAUGACCUCGGUGUAUAUCAAUGGGACUCUAUAUCAAUCUACGGGGAUGAUCCCCUGCUUUUCAACAUGCUGCAUGACAACUUGCAUGCUUGUUCAGUUCUGAUGUGGGGAAAUCGUCAUUUGUUCAUGCGUCGUGUUGCACAACCUGAUGUACGGUGGCAGGUUUGUAUUGCAUACUGAGCAGGCGAUGAUGCUAGCGGCCGCACAGAAGCAGGACGCACAAAAUACAAACCAGCAGCAACAUAAUGCACCAACUUCUGUCAACACAGCAUCUGCAUCCUCCGGACCUUCCUCUUCUUCCCCGGGACGUCUUGCAAUCAUGAAUCAGCAGCAACUAUAUAAUUGCGGCUCGAGUUCCUUGUCCUCUAGCCCCUACAGCUACAGCAAUAAUGCGGGAACAGAACAACCACGUCUAGGAACUACAUCGGCUGCUGAUCACGACAGUAAAAACUAUGGCGGAGCAGGACCAGUCCGUGAAAUUCCAGGUGCGACGAGCGCAGCGGCCUCCUCGCCCAACAAUAGUGACUGGAUGAUGUACAGUCCAGGAUUAUACAGCAAUGACCUCUUCAGUGCUCAGAACCGGAAUGGAUCAGCCUCGUCUGACGCGAUCUUUACUGGCUACCAAUCCUAUGCAAUGCGAAAGUAUCGUAGUCGUAUUAUUGCAAUACAAAUUACUUCUACUUCAGCAUGACAAAUGGAAUGUCUCAUGCUGAUUUAGCUUCAAGAAAACAUUUGUCUUGCAUGACUGCGACUAGUACGAGUACGAUACUUUUGCAAAGGAUAAAUCAUCGCCAGGACCAACAUUUUUUGCGGCAGAAGCCUUACAGCAAGACGCAGCACAACCGGGUAGUUUUUCAGGAGCAUAUCAAAGCAGUGUUUGUUUUUCCCCUUUCGCGCAUCCCUCUACUAGUACUUCCGCAGGUGUUCUUGGGCUUGGGCCCCAGCACAGCUCAGAGGGAGCCAUGGAGGUGGGUAGUACUGUGCUUACAACUUCUUGUUCCCCCGCACAAAAUGGAGAUUUCGAGCGGUCUGGGUUUUACGUGCCACACCGCCAACAAUUGGUGGAAGAAGACCAGGCACAGCAGCAGGUCUCGAGCCCUGCAAUCUUCGCAGAUGGUCCCGGCCGCGCAUCAUUUUCUAGCUCUACUGCGGGCACCAGUGCUUCCCUCCUGGCUGGCACGUGGAACGAACAGGGGUAUGGCUUCGCGGCUUACGAUAUCCAACGGAAAAAUCCCCCCUCCCCAUAUCGAAAUGGAAAUCUGUGAUGCAGGAUUUGAGGUACCAAGUCGACUUGUCAUGCUAGAAGGCCAAGAGCCGCAGUCGUGGUCUCGUUUGCAGGCAAUUUGUCACGCUGUUUCCCACUCUCAGCUGCCUCCUAUCAUGCUGAAGAUGCAAGGCUCCCCCUCCACGCCACCCAGCACUACAGUCCGCAUCUUUUCCCGUGUAGCAUGACAAAGCUGAUUUGUGACAACAAAGCUGCAUCACAGAUUUCCGUUUUGAUAUGGGGAGGGGGGAUUUUUCCUCUCAAUAUAUGAUGGGAAUCAAGGGAGCACUGUAGGACUAGGAGCCCCUGCUAGCAACAUUGCGGGAGCAACGACUUACCAGGAGCAACAGGCGGCCCGGCAUGCUGCUGGCACUGGUGGAUCUGUAGCUGGUCAACAGCAUUCUAUGAGUAUUAACACUGGCACCGCGGGACUUUAUUAUGCCAACGCUUGGUAAAUAUUUAUGUAUUAAAUUUGUUGAAUACUCCACUGGAGACCACGGAGAGCAGCACGAUGUAUGAUCACGAUAGGAACUACAAGCGAGACAACAAAAAUUUCAGCGCGACGCACUUCAUCUCCAACAGCCUCUGACAUUUAUGAGGAUGAAGUUACUUUUUGAUAAAAACGUUUUGAGUAGCGGCACCUUUUUAGAUAUAGAAGAGCCCGCACCAUCAACCCGGUGAUUGGCACAAAUAUGAGACGAGGGACAAGAUUUUUUUAUUGUCUUUUACCAAUUUUACACCGCAUACCUGGAGAUUUUUUUUUUAUACUUUUCCGCGCCCUGCUGGUGUUGCUUUCUCUCUUCUCGGCUUUUUUGCCCUGGGGAGGUGAUUGUCAUUGUCAACACUAGUUUUACAAUAGUAAGGGGCCGUGCGUACUAUUUUUCAAAAACAGGGAAAAAACUAUGACCCAGAAUAUUAGCCUGAGGUUCACAAGAACCGUGAAUUAUGUGGGUCGUAUUUCACUAAUCAUGUCUCUAGUUCAUACCGCAGUAUAAUCCUAUCCGAUAUAAAUCUAUACUUGACGAUCAAGUCAAUGUCAAGAAGACGCGCGUUUAAUACGCUGUGUCCUUUUUUGACGUCUCAAUCUCCCACCACGGAUGGGGAAGACUGCCCGCUCAUUUUAUUUUCUACGACAAUUUCAUCCCUUGUUUCGGGGCUUUGGUCUUACAAAGUCUGCACUUGAUGAGAGAUUAAAUUGUACUAAAAUUAUUUAGAAGAUGAGAUGAAAAACAUCACCCAGCUGCUUCCCCACGACUUUUCAAGUGAAAUAUGAGCUAUGAAAUACAAUUUUUACAACUUAUCAUCCCGAUACAAAUUUAGACCUAAUUUUUCUUGUCAGCCUGCGUGCUGCUUUGCUGCAUUUUGUUCCGAUUUAUAUGUAAACUGUAAAUUUACUACGACCACGCAAGAGGCUCUGUAGUAGAUGGCGCAACGGCGUGGCGGGCGUGGCUCUCCUGGAGGAAUAAAGUGAUAAUCUCAUCUUCUUGACCUGUUUUUGCUAACCUUGGCUAGUUAGCAGUGGGCGAAGGAAUAUUUUUUCACCGAGAUUCCAUCUUGGACAGCUAUGCUUGUCAUCGCUCAUCAGUGGCAAAAGCUUGUCAUCCGUCGAUGACGCAUGUUAAACAACCUUCAUCGCGCACAAAAUAAAAUCGGAGCAGUAUCAUGCUUGCAGCAUGCAUUAUGACCGUCAGAAGAUGCGCCGGCACUUAGCCAACGAAGUGCCUGUGAAUCUAUUCACCGAAAUGCAGAGCAGAGCGUGCAUAUAUUUCUCUACUUGUAAAUGCAGUUGUCAUCAGUGCCUGGAAUAUCUAGAUAUGAUUUUGGGUUCAGCAGACCAAACUCACUUUGCUUGUGUCUGCGUGUUGCAGCUAUACUUUUUCAUCUGUAAAGAAUAGAACUGUGGCAGUGGCAAGCUCGAAAGAUAUUCACUCCAUUGCAGAGUGCAAGUGAUCGCAGUUUUAUCGUGAGACGACUCUGCUCUAGAAGAAACACGAAGAAAGCAGAGGAAAAAAAGAGCCGGGCAGCAGGCUUCGAGAUGACAGCCGACGGAAACUUACCCUACUACUCGGCGCUUCUUUAUAUAUUGAAUAUUGAAGAUAGCACCACCAGCAGUUUUGUUUUAUCCUGUUGCUCCUUUGAAACAGCUAUCGAACUUGCAGCAAAUCUAGUACCGCUGGUAUGGGUAUGCAACUUUUUCUGGUCCUCAACGAGUUUUGCCACAAAACCUGAACUACGCGGAGAAGUUCGAGAAGAUACCAGUAACGCUAGCGCCACUUACUACAGCUAUCUAAUGUAACUGCGCUCGCGCGAGUUACUACUUUAUCCCUCAGCUUGAGGGAAAAGGAAAACGAAAAACUUCUAAGAAAAAACUAAACGAUUUGAUGUGAAGCCUCGUUUGUGUUAUCAACCAAAAAUCUUGAGAUGCUGAAUAACGAAAAACGAAAAUGCGAGGACGGUAUUAUAUUGUAUUACUGUGCUAGGGCUAUUGCAUCAAGGUGAAUGUUUCUUGUUCCAGCAGUAUGUUGAUCGUUUGAUUGACGAAGAGACCACUUCUACCUGUGGUUACCUCCGGUAUAAUUGUCAGCAUACGAGCACGCUGGAAGUAGCAGCUUCACGGAAUAGAACAUCAAAGAACUUUGUGGAUUUAUUUUCCAGAAUUUUUACCUGUCGUUCUCCUCGUAU